AUGAGUACUGCAUCUACGGAAGACGCGGCAUCAAACGAAGGAACUGGGACUGCAAGUCCGACCGGGCUAAACCGCACUUGUGAGGGUUGUCGGCAGCGAAAGAUAAAAUGCAUCAAUGGAUCGCGUCGCUCAGGUGCGCAAAAAUGCGAUCGCUGUUCUAAAUUGGACGUGGAUUGCGUGUUUCGUCCUCCCGCCAUUAGACGAAGGCGCAACAAGAACGACACAAGGAUCAAGGCCCUCGAGCAGAAGCUACAAGAACUCCAAGAUGCAAUUUCUGAGACUCCAGCUCAACUUGACGCGGAGAUUCCAUAUUCAGAUCCAUUGAACUCUGAGUUUAUGAAUGCAUCUCUAUUCUCAGAUCCUCAGCAUCAAUCACUUCAAUCGACUUCUCUAGAGGACUCACUGCCACCUUUGGCAUUUGAGUCAACGCUUGAUCCUUAUUUAACGGCGGUUCUAUCGGUUGCCUCAAGCAGUCAUGAACCAGAAUGUUGCAAGGUGUUGUUUCGCAAUACUGCCAAAUACUUAGCGGAAGAGGUUGCGAUGCACGGUAACAAGUCUCUUGAUUUGAUUCAAGCAUACCUCGUUCUAUCGGCAUGGUACUGUCUCGUGGAGGAUUUUCAAAAGCUAAUGUUCAGCCAAUACGCAAAUAUGGCUGCCUCAUUAGUUUUGGACUUGAAGUCUUCAAAUGACGAUCGAACAUUUGUAGCAUGUUACUUUCUCUCUUCGAGUAUGGCAUUUUCAUUCAGGCGUCCUUCUGUCCUUCGUCAUGAGCCUUGGCUCGAUGAUUGCAUCAGGAUACUUGAGACAGCUCCAAGUAUUCAUCCGAACGACCGGCGGCUUAUAGAAUGGACAAAGCUUCAGAUAAUUGCGGAAGAAAGCAUUUCAAUGACUGGACUGUAUAGCGGAUCUCGUGUCAACUUCUCGGAUGAUAGCAUCUGCCGGGUUCUGAGAUUUGGCGUGGAUCGUGCGACAGCGUGGAAGCGACAGGUUUCCACAGACAUUAUACACCAACCGAUGAUAAUCCACUACCACAUGGUUUUGAUAAGCCUUCACGAGCCAGCAUUCUAUGAUGGGCACGACAUGGAAGAUUUCCGGCCGCCGUACAAAUUACGUCCUCUACCUCUGGCCAAGAAUCUGGACAAUUAUUAUUCCUUAAACGUCGCCAACUCGCUUGCCCAAUGCGUCGCGUCGGCACAAAAGGUGAUCCACACGUUUCUGGACAUUCCAAUCGAAAUUCUCCAAAUAAUGCCAGUAAUUGUUUUCACCAGAAUCACAUAUGCGGCUGUGAUUCUGAUGAAGUUCGAUGUUUCUGCCCGGGUACCACAGAGCGUCGCAUGUCUGCUUGAUGAUAUCGAGUUUAACCCAAAGGUGCUCUUGUUACAGUUGCUCAACAAACUGACGUUAGCCGAAGGGAGCAAGCGUCUUGUUGUGCCAUCUGUCUUUCGUGGGGCUUUAUCAAGGAUGACGAGAUGGUAUAUUGAUCAGUUUGAGAGCUUGCAGGCGCCUGAUCAAGGUGAUAUUUUUGAGCCUAUGAUGCAUGUAGGGAUCGAUGCUCAGCGGAGUCCUGACACUGGCCUCAGUCACACUGGCAGCGUUACAUCAGAUACCAGUGUUCUGCCGUUGCACCACUUCAAUAACGAUUAUUUAUAG